AGGACGAAGUGUUCCGAUUGGUGUCUAAGGACAACAAUGGCCGACAAGAUGCAGCUGAAUGUGGAAGUGUUUGGUUUGCUCAAUGAUAUGGAGUUUGUUCGAGCACAGUGUUGUGCCGAGGACUUGCACAAGAAUGACAGCAAACGAUUCACUGAACCACGUAUUGAAGGGAUGUUAGAGUUUGAAUGGGACCUCUAUAUUGAUGAAAAACGAAAGGAAUUACGAGGAGAGAUGUGGAAGUUUGAAGAAAAGGCGAUCAUAUUUGUUAAUGGAGAGCUGAUUGGUGGACCGGAAGACUUUCUGUCGUGGGCUGAGGAGAACCACAACUUUGCUGAAUUCCGUCCUAAACCUCUUUACCUAACUCUCACAGAAGCUGGCUAUAAGACGCAUUUGAAUUCUAAAAAGCAUGAUUACGUUUUCAUGGACAUCAUGAUUGGAGAUGAGGCGGUUGGUCGUCUUGUAAUGGAGUUAUUUUCAGAUAUCGUGCCUAGAACAUGUGCCAACUUCAAGGCUCUGUGUACUGGUGAAAAGGGUUUGUCUGCAGAAACUGACUUCAAUCUUCACUACAAGGACUCACUGUUUCACCGUAUAGUUCCAAACGGGUGGAUACAAGGGGGAGAUAUCUACCAUGGUCGGGGCAAUGGUGGAGAGUCUGUCUACGGACCGGUCUUUGAAGAUGAGAACUUUGCAGUGCAGUACACUCGCCGAGGCAUGCUGGGAAUGGCAAACAAAGGUCGUCACACCAACGCCUCUCAGUUCUUCAUCACACUACAGCCAUGCAAUUGGAUGCACACAAAAUAUGUUUGUUUUGGACAAGUUAUAGAGGGUACACAGACUCUGAAAAAGAUGGAAGCCCAGACGACGAUGAACGAACGUCCGAACACAGACAUCACAGUGACAGACUGUGGGCAGUGCACAUACGAGUUUUAGCACACGUCACUCGCCAUCAGAUCUUCGUACAGACUCCUUGUGUGUUUAAUCUGUGAUAACACUAGUUUUUAUUGUGCUGUGUAAAAUACCAUCUUUCAUGAUUUGAUCACUUGUGUUGGUAAACUUACAUUCUGCAUAAUUCCACAACAAUAAGGUUAUUUGUUUGUUUUGUCGCAGCUAUGAAGUGAACAAUGUGACUUUUUGUUUUAAUAUGUUUUUAUGUCUACUGUUUUAUUGUAAUUAUUUUGGAGGGUAUGAAAUUUUUAGGUAAUAUUUAAAUGAGUCAUUGUUUCAACAAUUUGGUGAAACAGUUGAUGACAUAUUUAUAAGAAAUAUAAAUUACUGCCCAAGUUUAAGGGUUAUGUAAAGGUGCAAAUAUUCCAGUUAGAACAUGUCUUCCCAGUUUCUCAAAAUCCUCUCUGAUCCAGCAUUGCUACAGGGUUGUAGAUGUCUUUUUCUUCUAAUUGACAUAAUAGCAAAACAUAUUUUAACUGAUGGACCUCAUGACCAACUGUCGUUUGACAAAACUGUUAACUUGCAUGAUGUAUCUGUAUAUGAUGGUACUGUAACUGAUAUAUACAGAUUUAACUAUUAUUCUCUGUUAAAAUUACACACACCUAUACUGUUAAAGUCACAAAGUUAACUUCACACACUGUUUUUUUUUUUAUUCUAUAGUUCUCUGUAGAAUAACCAAUUAGUAACCCUGUGAUAACAUAUAUAAACUGUCAGGGCCGUAGCUAGCGGAGGGGGGGGGGGGGGGGGGGCAAGAAAAAUAUCUGGAAAAAAAUUAAGAAACUUAAAGAGAAUUCUCUUCUUAACCGUUUACAGCAUUUUAGACUAUUAACUACUCAGUUGCCCCCCCCCCCCCCCCCCCCCCCCCCCCCCCAACAAAAAUCCUAGCUAUGGCCCUGACUAUACAAUACAAAUAUAUCCAUAAGUUAGUUUUGUGUGUGUACCAGUUAUGGAAAUGUAUUAUGUAAAUAUGAAAGAUAUUUAUGUAGGUUGUCUCAUUCAGUUGGAGCCAUUCAACAGGUACUUUAUGCUCAAGGAGUGAGGCAUAUUCUGGAAUGUGUUAUGUAUGUAUUCAAACUACAUGCUAAAAAGUGUUUGGGGUGGGGUUAAACAAAUUUGAUUUUACAUUAUCAUACACAACUGAAGGGUUUCUCAUUACCAUUUGUUUUACAGAAAAUUAUUGAGCAAAAUUUAUCAACACAAACAAUAUUCUCUUUGCUUUGUAAUACAUGUCAAAUAAAUAAUGUACAUAUAAAAAAAUUAUGAUUGUACAUAAAAAGUUA